AUAUUUAGCUUCCUGUGGUAUACUGAUGAGCAGAACUCUUCCAUUACAUACCUCAAUUUUGCCUAAGGAGAUACAUGCAAGAACUUUCUUCAAAAUCACUGCACCAUUAAUAAACAAAAGAAAAGAAUAUUCAGAGAGAAGAAUUAUCGGAUACUCAAUGCAGGAAAUGUAUGAUGUGGUAUCGGGAAUGGAGGAUUACAAGCAUUUCGUUCCUUGGUGCAAAAAGUCAGAUGUAAUAUCAAGGAGAUCCGGUUAUUGUAAAACCCGGUUAGAAAUCGGCUUUCCACCUGUACUGGAGAGAUACACAUCAGUAGUAACCUUGGUGAAACCGCAUUUGGUGCAGGCGUCCUGCACGGAUGGGAGACUUUUCAAACAUUUGGAGACAAUUUGGCGUUUCAGCCCAGGCCUUCCUGGCUACCCAAGAACUUGCACCUUGGAUUUUUCGGUUUCAUUUGAGUUCCGCUCACUUCUGCACUCGCAGCUCGCUACCUUGUUCUUCGAUGAGGUGGUGAAGCAGAUGGUGGCUGCCUUUGAGAGGAGAGCGUGCAAGCUGUACGGCCCGGAGACCAGCAUCCCGCGGGAGCUGAUGCUGCACCAGGUGCACCACACGUAGGGGCGGGCACAGCUGCGCCUCGCAGGCCACUGUUGGCGGUGCCUUUGGGGCUCGGUUUAGGUGUCAGAAAGCACUUACUAAGCCCAGCUCUGAUGACAAGUCUGCUCCGCCGAGAACUUGCACAUAGAACACGGACCCACCUGUACAUAAGAAUUUGUUCAAUCAA